CCAUAAAAGAACAUAAGGCACCCCACCAUCACCACCUUAGCCCAUGGAGCAGAACCAGUUAGAAAAAUGGGAAGGCAAAGCCUCCAUCGAUCUCCCAAACGCGAAGGCUGACCAGGCCUGGUCUCUCCUUUCCAACUUCUUCAGCCUUCACUUGUGGCUCCCCGCCAUCGCCGUGUGCGAGAAGGUGGCCGGCAUCGAGGGCCAACCGGGCUGCACUCGGUACUGCGCCACCGCGCCAGGCGACGACAGGGAGCCCGUGAUGUGGGCCAAGGAAAAACUGCUAGCUUUCGAUCCCGUGGCUCGGAGCUACUGCUACGAGGUCACCGACAGCAACGUGGGGUUCGACCGGUACGUCGCGACGUUCAAGGUUCUCGAGGUGGAGGGAGGAGGUGGGUGCAAGCUCGAGUGGUCGUUCGAGUCCGAACCGGUGAAGGGCUGGACCCGAGAUGGCUUGACCGCUUAUCUGCAGACUGGUCUCGAAGACAUGGCUAAGAAAGUCGAAGAAGUCCUGAAGGCUCCUCCUGCUUUUGCUGCUGCUGGAUAAAAGAUAGGGUGCAGUUUCUUUCUUUCUUUCUGAAGUGUUUAAGAUGUAUGUGGGGAUGGUGCCAUAUUAGUGCGUGGGAAUAAAUCCUUGGUCAUUAUUCUAUUAAUGACUUUUAUUCGAGAAUAAAGGGAAGUAGUUCUGCAUAUGGUUUGUUUUGUCAUGGCUUCUGAUUCAAUUCUAGAUUUAUGCAAAAAGCCAGUGAUGCAAUUUGAUAUCUACUUGAAGGAUUGAAA